GCUAUAUAAGUAAUCCACUACACCAGAUUUAUCCUCUAGUACACUGGUCGAUCAGACAAUCGAAGACUCUAUAUUUUUCAUAGUGCAAAUAUGAGAAUCGUCUAUGCUCAUGCCAUUUGUGCAUGUUUAUCCAAAAAUUCGAUUUCUAACCAUUUAGAUCGUUUUGCAUCCAUAAUUAUGAGCAUAACAAACUUCGGCCUCUGCAAAGAAUCUGUUUUCACACUGCCUUCGACCCGUAAUACUACUCUCUCUGUAUAAAAUCAUCCGCAUAAGGACACGGAAACCCAGUGGCCAGUGUCGACUGUCGAGUGUCAUCCGCCGCCGCCUCGUGGUCAUGGCUGCCCCCGCCGAAGCUCAUGCUCAUGACGCCGCCGCAGCCGCUGCCGCGGGCCUCCGCCUGGACUACGAUGUCAUCGUGGUGGGCGCGGGCAUCAUGGGAAGCUGCGCGGCGCACGCGGCGGCGUCCCGCGGGGCGCGCACCCUGCUCCUGGAGCGCUUCGACCUGCUCCACCAGCUCGGCUCCUCGCACGGCGACUCCCGCAUCAUCCGCGACGCCUACGUGAAGGCGCAGUACCCACCCAUGGUGCGCCUCGCCCGCCGCCUGUGGGCGGACGCCGAGGCGGAGUCCGGGUACCGCGUGCUCACCCCUGCCCCGCACCUCUCCAUGGGCCCGCGCGGCAACGCCGCGCUCCUCGCCGCCGUCAAGAGCGCCGGCGCGGAGGAGGUGGACACAAGCCAGUUGUGGGGAGGCGCGUUCCAGGCACCGGCGGAAGGGUGGGUGACCGCGGUGAGCGAGCGCGGCGGCGGCGUGCUGAACGCGACCAAGGCCGUGGCCAUGUUCCAGGCGCUCGCCGUCAAGAUGGGCGCCGUGGUCAGGGACAACGCCGAGGUCGUGGACAUCGGCAAGGCGCCGGGCUCGCAGGGAGGCGUCGUGGUGACGACGAGCGCCGGCGAGGAGUUCCGCGGCGCCAAGUGCGUCGUGACGGUGGGCGCCUGGACGACCAAGCUUCUCAGGUCCGUCGCCGGCGUGGAGAUCCCCAUCCAGCCGCUGCACACGUUGACCCUCUACUGGCGCAUCAAGCCCGGCCGCGAGCGCGGCCUGAAUGCCAAGGCUGGCUUCCCGACCUUCUCCAGCUACGGCGACACGCCCGUCUACGGCACGCCGUCGCUUGAGCUCCCGGGCCUCAUCAAGAUCAGCUGCGACGGCGGGCCGCCGUGCGACCCGGACAACCGCGACUGGGCCUCCGGCGACAGGGAGAUCACCGACCGCGUGGCUAGGUGGAUCGCGGAGUUCAUGCCGGGCCACGUGGACUCCGCCGGCGGGCCGGUCGUCCGGCAGUCGUGCAUAUGCUCCAUGACGCCAGACAAGGACUUCGUCAUCGACUGGCUGGGUGGGGCGUUCGGGGAGGACGUGGUGGUCGGGGCCGGCUUCUCUGGCCACGGCUUCAAGAUGGGGCCGGCGGUGGGGAGGAUCCUGGCUGAGAUGGCCAUCGACGGCGAGGCGAAGACGGCAGCGGAGGCCGGCGUGGAACUCGGCCACUUCAAGAUCAACAGAUUCAACGGUAGUAAGGACAAUUAGUUUAUACUAUAUAAAAUAAAUAAUAGUGACCUCGGAUCUUGUGUGCUCGACGCAUUGAAAUAAACUUGAACUGAUUGGGUGAACAAGUUGCUUGUGAACUUGUAUUGUUCUCCGAAAAUUCAGAAAGUUGAUUAGAUUC